AAAAAUGGGGAAAAUCGUUAUCUUUCUAUUCUGCGUUCAAUUGCUCUCUGGUUAUCUGAAUCUUUAUGUCACCCACCAAUUGCAAGGGAGGGUUGGAUGAUUUCACGGUUUGAAGGAGCACUGUCCGUGAUUUUGUAAGGGUCAGUGCUGGUAUAAACAGGGAACUGUCCGUUAUAUGCAUCCCAGCUGGUUGGCAAUCAGCAGGCAUCAACCUUUUUGUAAAAGCGCUGAAAGAAGCUUUGAACCUUGAAGAAGGGACCAGUUUUACAGAUAAGGGUGUGAACUACACCUGAAGAGAAAAAGCUUUAGAUUCUUUACAGAUGAUUGACAAGGUGCUUGAAGUGGAGGGAGGAGUGGAGGAACAGCUGAGCUCUCCUUUUAUAUCUUCAAAUCUUUUUGAUCGGGAUAUUGCAAUGGCUUCAAGGGCAAAUAGGUUCACAGAAAAUGGAUUUAGCUCAGAUCCAGAAGAGGGCCAAGACUCUAUGGAAGAGGAAAAGAAGGUUCAAACUCUAUUUCAACCAGCUUUUGAGGCGUAUUUUGAAUCCAUCUUCAAGGCUGUGGAAUGUCAAAUUCUAGAGGGUUUGGCUAAAAAGGUGUUAUUGGAUAAACUCAAAUCGGGCUUACUUCAAAAUAUGUCGGGAAAGACACUUAGAGCAACUCGGGAGACGGUGAAAAGCAUGGAGAAAGUGAGCCUAAUUCAAUUUGAAGGAUCCAAACACCCUAUUUUCUUUUCCUCAUCUAAAGCUGAUGAAAAGCUAGUGAUGGAUUUCUUAACAGGGGAGGAGCCCGAGGAAUCACAAAUUAUAAAUGUAUAAAGCUAGAUUCUCCAUAUUAGAAUGGUUUAUGGGCUGCAAUAAGCUCUUUGUUCUGUUUGUAUUCAAUGGGGAGAAGAAGGAACCAUAAGAGGGAAACAAUUUACGGACAAUAUGGAUUAGGGACUGUGAGUUUC